AUGUUUUCUCGAAAAGGCGCCUGCAGACCAUACAGAAACGGAAAUCAACAAAAAAUGCUGAUUGAUUUGAUUCAAAAUGUUGUUUAUAUAAUUUGUGCUUCAAAAAGAAAAAACAUGAGAGUAGUUGUGGGCAUUGUGGCGUUGCUUUUUUUAAUAUCAAUGUAUAUGUAUAUGCCUGUCUUGAGGGCAGAGUUCGGGAUGCGGACAAGAAAGGCGGACAAGACACAUAAAAGCAGAACAGCGGAGAAAGCCGCCAAACAAAAUCCUAAAACUAGCGCGAUGCUCUUGUUUAACAAAUUCGAAGCAAAUUAUCGUUCUCCAAUGGCCGUAUCACGCAUAGAAAAUUCAAGAGUAGUAUACAAAAUGGUGGAUGGGCUGAAGCUUCGAAAAUACGCAAUACAUGGCCAGGAAGAAAAUCCGUGUUUAUACGACAGCCCAAGUUUUACUCCUUCUACAAGCAAAGAACUGACUGCAGCAGUAUGCGGCGUGUCUCAAGAUGCAUACUAUAAUCCGUUGAGAAGCAUUUUCACAGAGUCUCGGCAAUACCGCGAAAUACUUUUAGACGAAAUGUCGAGUAUCUCGCCUAGUAAAAAACACGCGUUUAUUAAGGGCGUGCAAGAUACAUGCAUGGAAAAUGGAAGAAGCUAUGCAAUUAUUUACUGGGUUAUCAGCCAAUUCUGCCAAUUCUGGCAUGCAGGUGGUAUGGUCAGUUCAACUGGUAUAGGCCACUGCAUCUCGUCUGCGGUGCUGGCAUGCGAACUGGCUCGAGAAGACAUGUACAACAAAAUGUCCGCAACUUCUUUAAAGUACAAACGGCUUCUGCGCAACCUGUACGAGAAAUACGAUGAGAAAGACCAUGCGCUGUUUUCAUUCAGGCUUGUUUCAGAACUAGACGGAAUGUCAGCCCAUCAGACAGGGGUUUCCGAGCUAUUCAAUGCUUUAAAACGAAUGAUCGCUUCAUUAUCCGCCGAGAUAUCCCCUAACGGCAUUUCAGUUAAUAUGGAUUGCCCUGUGGAAGACAUCUCCUCUUCUACUAAAAAGGAAGCCAAGAACUGCGAAUCUGAUCAGGCGUGCUCAAAGGAAUUUGAGUUGGACGAGCAGGUCUAUCUGCAAACACGCAAUAAUAUAGAAAGUCCCUUGUAUGAUAUAGCAGAUAAAAUAUCAAAGAUUGACAUAAUGCUAACCACUUUAAAAAUUUCCUUAGGUACAAAAAGCUACUGUGUACAUGUAAAUGAUUCUGACAUAGAAUUCUUUAACGCAAAGACCGUUAAAAAGGGCAUGAUUGUGUUUUCAGACCUUUUGGAAAAAUAUGCAAUUAAAGCAGCAGAAUGUGAAAAAGCAAUGGAAUAUUUAAACCCAGAAACAGAUGAUUACCCUCAGGAGCAGACAGCAGAUUAG